UGCCCACCGCAGAUUUUUUAUUCGAAUGCAAAUUUAAUUACAGAACAUUAUAAUGUAAAACAGGCGAAACCGAUUCUUCACUGUACAUUCAUAUAAGCAUAAGAAAUACGUUUACACAAACAUUGUCAAAAUCGAUAAAACAACAGCGUAAUCAGCGAAAAUGCCUAUCUGAUCGCAUCGCACCCCUUCCGUUUGUGGUAUAACAUGCAGAGCAGGACAUAACUUCUGUUCGUGCAGCAGAGCGAAGAAAGCUGUUGCUCAAAUCCCAUUUACUUUUGACAUCGAGGAUCACUUCCAGCUUUCUGUUUAUCAUUAACUAUGCGAGGAUGAAACCCGAUUAAAGAUUCACGCAGUGCGCCUUUUAAGUCCGCCUGGGCCAGCUUCUACCCCGUGCCUCACGCCGAUCGGAUUCAGCACUUCUUCCACAGAUCAUGUCUUCAGUCAAGAUUGAGUGUGUGGUGAAUGAGAGAUAUAAGAUUGGGGAAAGCCCAGUAUGGGAAGAGAAGGACCAGACAUUAGCUUAUGUUGAUAUUUCGGGACAGAAGGUGUGCCGCUGGAACCCAGUCACAAAGCACAUACAGACUCUGAAUACUGACGCAUUUGUUGGGUCAGUUGUCCCUCGCAGAUCUGGAGGCUAUGUAAUUGGAGUUGGAACUCGAUUUGCUGUAGUGGACUGGGAAAAGCAGACUGUCACCACUGUUGCACACGUGGACCAGGAGAAAUCCAGCAGUAGGUUUAAUGAUGGAAAGGUCGACCCUGCAGGAAGAUAUUUUUCUGGAACCAUGGCUUUUGAAAUUCGGCCUGGAGAAGUGGAGAGAAAACAGGGUUCUGUCUAUACAUUAUAUCCAGAUUUUUCUGUCGUGAAACACUUUGACCAAGUAGAUAUAUCGAAUGGACUGGAUUGGUCGUUGGAUCAUAAAACAUUUUAUUAUAUCGACAGUCUCUCUUUCAGAGUGGAUGCUUUUGACUAUGACCUUCAGUCAGGCAAUAUUUCCAAUCGAAGAGUUCUUUAUAAACUUGAAAAAGAUGAAGGCAUUCCUGAUGGAAUGUGCAUAGAUUCUGAAGGCAAGCUCUGGGUUGCUUGUUACAAUGGAGGAAGAGUCAUCAGGAUCGAUCCAACAACAGGUAAAAGGAUUCAAACUGUUAAACUACCAGUGGACACAACAACUUCAUGUUGUUUUGGUGGAAAAGACUAUUCAGAGUUGUAUGUGACUUCUGCAUGUGGAGGGAUGGAUGAAGCUGCCUUGGCAAGUAAGCCACAGUCUGGGUCCAUUUUUAAGGUUACUGGAUUGGGUGUUAAAGGAAUUCCACCAAACUCAUUUGCUGGAUAAAUUUGGAGGGGUCUUUGUAUACAUUAACAAAAAUGUAAACAAAUAUUUCCUUUUUCUUGUAACGUAAAAUCAAAUACAAAGUAAAGCUAAACUGAAGAAAGCUAUCUGUGUAACAUCUUAUUUGCAGUUUACCAUGAUUUUCCCUAUUUACAGCAUAUAUCCAAUACUAAUGUCAAAGUUUAGGAAAAAUGUUUACUAGUAGAUGUGGCAAAAUAUUGGUGCUCAGUAUGUUGUCUUGACCUAUAAAUGCUGCUUUGUAUUUCAUCUGUAAUUUUUGGUAAACCUUUUGUACCCCACUUACAGCAAUAAGUGCUAAAUAAGUCACAAAAUUAAAGUUAUUUUGCUGAA